AUGUCUGAAAGGGGGGUUCUUUCCAGAUCUGUGUUUGACAAAGGGCAUGGCCAGCUUCACUUGUGCUGCAGACGAGACACACCAGUACAUGGUCGCUCCCUCUGCCUCUGGAUAUCAAAGCCGAUCCGGUUCAAUCUCGUCCCUGUGACCCCAUUCAGCUCUUGGUCUCUACACUCUACUUUAGACUCCAGCGAUGUCAGCCUGCUCCCUGCCUUCAACUGCCAGCUCAGCAAGUGUUGA